AUGGGGCCCCUCAUCGACGAGGACCUAGCGCACCUGGGGAUACCCGCGGCCUACACGUGGCACAUCCCCAUCACCGAGUGGAACGCGCUCAUGAAAGCACUGCACGGAAACGGAAUGAGCAAGGGCAAACAGAAGAGGGCAACCGGGAAGAAGGCGCACGAACAAGCCCAUUUCGCCACCCUCAACGUCUGCGGCGGGGGCCUCGAGAGCAUAGAGGGGGCGAUGGAGGAGAUACGGGAACUAAGGGAGAAGGGGAGCGCACCAAUCCGCAACACGGGACGGGAGGCAACAAAGAAGCUAGCGGAAAUUAUCAGGUACAUAAAAGAAGGAGGGGUGUGGCUUGCCACGUUGGCGGAUACGCACCUAGGCGAGAAGGAAAUGCACGAAGUGAUAGAGUACCUGGAGACGAUGGGGAUAGAGGCGUGCGGAACCCCAGCCUACAAUGACCCGGCCUCGCGCGCGCUCAAAGCGGGGGUGUUGAUUGUGUGGGACUCAGACCACCUGCAAGCAAAGAGAGACGGGAAGGGUGAGGUGGCCAUGGAAGAGGUGGUGAGAGGGCGCGUGGUGAAAGUGGAGAUGGAGGACGCGGCAAGCGGACUGGAGUGGACACAGAUAGGAGUCUACAUGCCAGUGAGGGGACGGGCUAAGAUAACGGUGGCGGCGAGAGGAGGAACGGACGACACAGAAACAAAGGACCCAGCGCAAGACGCGUGGGAGAGCCUAAGGGACGAGCUAGACAAAAUCGACGGGGAGUACAUGAUCGGUGGAGACUUCAACGCCGAGACGGAGGCCUUCCUACGAAGCAGAGGUAAAAAGGAACUGACUCUCUCAGACAAGAUGUUCAACAGCAUGCUGACCGAGGUGGGGAGAGACCUGAGAGCGAUGGCGAACGACGCAACGUACCGGGCGGGCACGCAAAUUGACAACUGGAUAGUCACCCCGGCGCUAGCGAAUGUGAUGGGGCGCGUACACAUCAUGCCAGGGGUAUGCGGGAAAGACCAUGAGAUAGUGGCGGUUGAAUACUACGGGGCGGACGACCCAGAGGGAGAGCGGGAAUACCGACCGAAAGGAGUCAGCCGGAAGCUGGACCGAGACGCCGAGGAGGCGUUCACGAAGACCGUGCAGGAAGCUUACGACGGCGCGCUGCAACCGCGCCGAGGCGAGACACCGGCAGAGAGGCUGAAGGCGAUGACACAGGCGCUCACGGACCACGCCAAGGCCGUGAUAAAAGAGGCGCAGGACAAAUACGAGACGGGCUAUGGACUGAGCGACCGAUUUCCCAUCGAGCAAGGCCUCGGCCAAGGGUGCCUCCUUUCGCCCGCACGUAGCAAGCUCAUGCUGGCCGUGAUGCAGCGAACAGUCAGUAAGCUGUGUAGAGGAUUUGAUUUCACAGCGGCGGGUGAGAGCGUGCCGCAGCUAGUGUACGCCGACGACGGCCUGUUCCUCAGCAACGACAUAGCCACGAUGCAGCUCGCGCUAGAGUGCGCCUGGUUAGUGACAAAGAUCUGUGGCAACAGCCUCCAGGUCAAAAAGAAGAAGAAAUCGGCGUGGUCAGCGACAUACUGGGAGAACAACGAAGAGCGGGAUGUCGAGGGCUACGAAAUGAGGAUGCCGGAUAGCAUGCCGAUACCACAGCUGAAGGGAGACGAGAGAUACAAAUACCUCGGAACGGAGCUAAGGACCGGGUGGGCAAACGGCGAGGGCCAGACGGAAAUGAGGGAGCGGUGCGUAGCGGACUGCAAGAGAGUAAUCUGGAUCAUAGGCAACCUACCGCACUUGACAGGAGAGCAGAUCCGACGCAACAUGGCGCUAGCACUGAGCGGCAUUAUCGGCUACUACGGCCGGUCCACGGUCAUCACAUGGGAAGACUGCCAGAGCAUCGAACAAGUGAGGGCGAGCGCCCUAAACGCAAAAGGGUACUCGGUAGGAAUCCCGCGACUACAAAUUUACGAUGUGAAGGAGAGAGGAGGGAUGGGAAUGGAACACGCGUACACGUACGCAGCGGCGGCGCUGAUCGAUCAAGUGGACCGGGCCCUCAGCGCGGUGGAAGGGGAACCAGCGAGGGUGGCCGUGGAGAGCAGCCUAGCGCACACGUUGAGGAGGCUGGGAUGCCGAAGUGACAACCCGCUGGAGUGGAAGCCGAGCUGGGACUGGGAAAGGGAGCUCUCGGACGAACUAAUGAUCGAAGCAUAUCUAAAGGCAAAAUGGAGGUGUGGGGUGGAGACGGUCACGACAGCGGGGUGGGAAGAGAGCAAGAAGGGGCCGCUCAGACCCGAGGCGUGGAGAACGACCGAGAGCCGAAAGAGAGUACUGGGCCCGCUCCUCUUUGAGACAAGGAGUCAUGGCUGGAAUAACCAAGGCCUCGCGUGUGACUUUGCACGUAACCUAGCCAAGCACGGGAUAGCGACAUGGUCGGACGUGUCAGAAUGGGGCACCGGGGAAGUGUUGACGUGGCCGCAAAUGAAGCGAGUCUAUGGCCUCAAAGACAACACGACGGAACAUAGCGAAUACAAGAGGCUGGCGGAGCAGCUGGAGCGACCAGAGUGGGCGCAGCUGCGACAAUACUGGAAAUCGAAGCUAGAGGCGGUGGUCUUCAUGUGGGUGCCAGCACACGUGGGAAUAGCCUGCAACGCAUACGCCGACGCGGUGGCGACAGCGCACCUCGGGGAUAACGACUCAGAGGACGCCUCGAAAGUGGUGCGGGACGCGGUGCGGACGCGGCCAUGCAUGUACACGAAGGGCCACGCGCAGCGCUUCUGCGCCGCAAGCCUGCGGAAGCACCUGAAGGCGGGCAACAUCGAGGUCUUCGUGAGCGAGGAGUGCAUGCAUGCCGCGUCGACCGCCAAGCGGUCGGAGGUGCUCUCCCACACGGAGCUGAUGCAGGAGUACCCGUACCCGCGCACCCUCAUGUCGGGCAUCUCCAUGGGCGGGCCGUCGCAAGGCCAGGCCUGCGGCCACGCGCUCGGCGUGCUGACGCUGCACGGCGUGGGCGAGCACUUCGUCGCCCCGCAGGUCGACAAGCGCGUGCGAGAGUUCCUAGCCAGCCCGGCGUACCGCGCGCGGAAGGACGAGCUGGGCAGCACCUGGCAGGAGCACGCGCAGAGCAAGGCGUCGUCGUCGUCCGCGCCGCUCGUGCCGUGGUCGCGCGCCUUCAAGUGCGAGCUCGAGAACCCUCAGCGGAAGGGGCACUGGCACAACAAGUACUGGACCGCCUCCUUCGAGCCGGAGAACGCCGUGCUCGUCUUCACGUGGGGCCCGAUGGGCGAGUCGCACACGAACGUCCUCCGCCUCCAGUUCGGAGAGCAGCACGCCGCGCUCGCGAGCGAGCUCGGCACCCGGCGGUGCACGAGCAAGCUGGCUGGCAGCCGGAGCCGCAAGACAGGCAAGCUCACCAAGGCGCCGUACACCGAGCUCGCGCCCGACGAGGUGCUCGGCGGCGUCGGCGGCGUCGGCGGCGUCGGCGGCGUCGGCGGCGGCGGCGGCGGCAGCAAGCGCUCCUCGCGCAAGCGCUCCGCGCCGUCGCCAGCCGGCGCCGACGAGCCCGUCGCCAUGGACGCCUCGGAGCCCGCGGCGCGGUCGAAGCGCAAGGCGGCCGUCGCGUCGUCGGAGCGGCUCAAGCGGAUUAUCUACGCUGAGCGGUGCGACGAGCAGUCGCUCUACCCGGUCGCGGUCCUCAUCGACGAGCUGAAGCACGAGGACAUUCAGCUGCGCCUCAACUCGAUCCGAAGACUCUCGACGAUCGCCGUCGCACUCGGGCCGGAGCGCACGCGAAACGAGCUGAUUCCCUUCCUCAACGGUGGGCCCGCUAGCGCGUGGACGCGCGCGCACCAUCGCCGCACGCCGCGCACGCCGCGACGCGCCGAUAUUCUGCGCGAGCAUGGGUUCUUGAGCGGCGCCUCGGCCGCCCGCGCAGAGUCAAUCGACGAUGAGGACGAGGUCCGGAUGGCGUGGGGCAAUGCGCAGGAGGCGACGUCCGUUCUCGCCGCGGCAAACUACCUCUGGGCGCGCAACGCCACCGUGGAGGAGGCGGGGCUGCAGCCGCUCGAGGCGCUGCCCGAGAGCGUGCUGGCGGCCCUGCCGCCCGGCCUCCCUCCCAUCGGAGCGAGCCCGGACGCAAUCGUGCGCUGGCCCGACGGCUCCGUCGAGCCCUUCGAGGCCAAGAACCACGCGCCGUUUGCGACGUGCCGCGCGCCGCAGCCCUGCUUCGAGGUGCGGGACCCGGGCCCGUUCGACGGCGUGGCGGUGUGGCACGUGCCUCAGCUCUACCUGCACAUGCUCUGCUUGGGCGAAGCGUGCAGCUCCGCCCUCUUCCUCUCCUGCUCCGCCACGAAAGGCGCCAACCUCUUCCGCCUGCGGCGGGACACGCAGCUGCAGGGGCUCGUCCUCAAGUUCGUGGCGCGCUUCGCCGACCGCCACGGCGCCGGCCAGCCGCCGCCGCCGCCCGACCACUUUUGGGGCUGCCGCGAGUACGCGUCGCUGCUCGAGGGCCUCUCGCGCGCGAGCCGCGAGGCGGUCGAGCUCGUCGCGCACAUCCCGCACGCAGAGAUCCAGAGAGGGCCGGAGGCGCCGCUCUUCUUGUGA